AUGUGGCAUGGGAGGAUUGGGAAAGACACUCUUGCUACUAAAAUUUACAAUGGGGAGGCCGUGGAGCGGUGCUUCAAAUAUCGUGCUUGGGUUUGUGUAAGUCAGCAAUUUCAACCCAAAACUACUUUCCAACGACUAUUAAAGCAACUUCUUCGGAAUGAAAGUGAAGAGCAAGACGAAGAUACAUUGGUCAGAAAGUUGUACCAAGUACAAAGAGACAGAAAAUGUCUCCUAGUUUUGGACGACGUUUGGGAAGUUGAUCACUGGAAUUGCUUAAGGCGUGCCUUUCCCAUUGCAGAGGCAGAUAGCAAAGUUUUUCUCACAACCAGAAAUCAAAACAUUGCUUCCAGAGGAUACGUCCUCAAUCUCAAGUGUUUGGAUGAAGAUGAAGGAUGGGAGCUCCUUCAAAAGAUAGCAUUCCCAAACAACUAUUCACAAGGAAUCGCAAAAUGGAAGCUGUUGAAGCUAUUGAGUCUCGAAAAUAGUAUUGUGAAAGAAUUGCCACCAUCUAUAUGUAAGCUACCUUGUUUGCAGACAUUGAAUGUGAAAAAUACAAUGAGAUUACCUAAUUGCAUAUACAAAAUGAAGCGCUUGAGGCAUCUAUUUAUGAAAGAUGAUCAUGAGAGGGUUGGAGGCGAAAAAUUGAAAUUUGAAGGCUUGAAUGAAUUGGAGAUGGUUGAUGAUAUCUGGGUUGGUGAUGUGGUUGAUGAUAUCACUCAUCUUCUUAAAUUGCCCAAGAUGGACAUGGAUGUCAAUACGAAUCGGGAAGAUGGCUCAACUCUUUUCAGGAGGUUGGUGAUGUGUCACUCACUACAUUACUUGAGAAUCACACAUUAUCGAGUGAGCAAAUUACCAGCUUAUGAAGUUCAACUAUAUGAAAAUGUGAUAGAAUUGCAGCUUGUGGGUACAAGGAUUGAGGAAGACCCAAUGGAAAUACUAGAAAAGCUUCCCAUGUUAAGAGUUCUUGGCUUGUGGAGCAAUCCAUAUGUGGGCAGAGAGAUAGUUUGUCGGGCAACUGGAUUUCCUGAACUCAGGGAACUUAUUUUGCAAAGGUUGUUGAAUUUAAUGGGGUGGAGAGUGCAGAAAGGAGCAAUGCUCAACCUCUCCAGUCUACUUAAUGCAGAAUGUAGUAAAUUGAAGAUGAUUCCAAAUGAAUUGGAAUUCAUUAAUACUCUCCAAGAACUGAGAAUUAUAUCUAUGCGAGAAGAGUUACUCAUUUAG